UCUCUCAUGAUGCAUUUCGAUCGAUACCGGGGCAUUGCUAGCGGCAUAAAGAACCUCGGAGGUACGGCAGGCUCCGUUGUCCUUCCCAUCCUGAUGCUUUUCAUCCAAGGGCAUUACGGCUUCAGAGCGUGCCUCUUUCUAUACGGUGGGCUUGCAAUGCACUUAACACCUCUCGGUAUGCUCACGAAGGAACCACCUUGGAGUGGCACAAGCUACAAAUCGGCGUCCAGCAACUUUGCAGCCACACCACGGGAGCUGCAAAGUGACUAUAUGGAAGCGUGUGAAAAGGACGAAGAACAAAUCCACUGUGAUGACCCAGCUGAAAACUCGAGGAAAGUACCGGGCAAGCAGCGACUAGACACCCGGGAUCUAUUUGUGAAUCCCGUGUUUUACGUGAUCGUUUUGUCAGGCGUUAUCGGCUACUACACGCAAAACAUCUUUUUCGCGACGAUCGUGGAUUUUGCGAGGGACAAAGGCUUUUCGCUGAUGGAGUCAGCGGGUGUCAUGCUGUACUUCGGCUUCACUGAGACCGUCGGCAGAUUGUGCUUUCCUCUGGCUGCCGACAGAGGCCUGGUUCGGCAUAGCACACUGAUGGCGUUCAGUUUCGUGGCCAUGGCUGCUUCCAUGAUACUGCUGGAACGAGGAGGCACGUUGCUUGCGCUUACGGCCGGAGCUUCGCUUUUUGCGGCCUUCUUCGGUGCGGCCGUCACCGUGGAGGGCGUCGUCAUCGCGAACUACCUCGGAGUGGACUCUCUGUCCUUCGUCUUCGGCUUCACAGGAGCCAUCAGCGUGCCCUUCUUUUUCGCCAAUCCAUUUAUUCUUGGAUUUUUCCGAGACCACGUCGGUUCGUACCAAAUCCUGUACAAGAUACUUGCGGCGUCCUAUUUUCUCGUCGGGCUGGCGUGGACGCCUGUUCUCUGGUGCGACCGUUACGGCUACUCUUGCUGCCGUAGCUGCACGCCUUGCGGAAAGAAGGAAAGAGUUAAGGACGUGUAUCAAUUAAAACAACUCUCUGAUAAAGAAACGAAGUCUACGGACGUAGUCGACUGUGAAGCGACCUCAUCAGUGUAA